CUUCGAAAAGUCCCGGAUCGAUCUCUGGUCAACAACGAAACUUCAUUUCGUCCCGGGGUGAAGAGGAGGAGAAUGAAACGCCUGUACGGGGCCGCAUGUUUCUUAUUUUUACUCCAGACGGUUUCCUCUGUUGUCGUCCCAGCGGGAGUCAAAAGAAAUGACAGUCCUGUGAUAGGUGUUCUUGCUCAGGAGGUGUCUGCACCCACACCUGGAAAAAAUGCUUACAUUGCAGCCUCAUAUGUCAAAUAUCUGGAGUCUGCGGGCGCAAGAGUCGUUCCAGUCAUGAUUAAAAAGUCUGAGGAGGAGUACAUCAAACUCUUCAAAUCCAUAAAUGGAAUCCUUUUUCCUGGAGGUGGCGCCAGCAUUGUUUCAUCUGGCUAUGCCAAAGCAGCUGGUAUUUUCUACAGACUUGCUCUUGAGGCCAACUUGAAAGGUGAUUACUUUCCUGUGUGGGGGACGUGCCUGGGCUUUGAGCUGCUAACAUUUCUGACUAGCCAGAAGUUACUACUGUCCCACACUAACACCACUGGCGUUGCGCUACCACUGGACUUCACCAAAGAAUCAAAGGACAGUAGAAUGUUCAAGGACUUUCCAGAUGACCUGAUAACAUCACUGGCAAAAGAGCCACUCACAGAGAAUUCUCAUCGGUGGAGCAUCACUACUGAGAGUUUUAAUAAGAGCGAGAAGCUGAAAAAGUUCUACCGAAUUCUGAGCACGAACACAGAUGGACAGAAGGAGUUUGUGUCCACAGUGGAGGCAUAUGAUUUUCCAAUUUAUGGAACCCAGUGGCACCCAGAGAAAAAUGCCUUUGAAUGGACUCGUCCAUACAUCCCUCACACACCCUCCGCCAUCAAAACCACUUUCUACACGGCCUACUUUUUCGUCAAUGAAGCUAAAAAGAGUCUUCAUAGUUUUUCCAGCCAAGAAGAGGAGCAGAAAGCUUUAAUUUAUAACUACAGUCCUAAAUACACUGGAAAGAGAUCUUCUUUUGAACAAAUCUAUUAUUUUUGAUUAUUUUUUUUCCUCAUUUCCCAACAGUAAUCUCAAUUUUCAUUGAGUGGUUUUUAAAAUUUUGGAUUUUUGUUGUGUGGUUUGGCCUGUGCUUACAGAAUAUUAAACAGUAUAUUAAAAUAAAUCUCUUUUUCUAUGAUUUAGUUUAUCCUUGAGGUGUUAAGCCAUCUUUCAAAAUUGUACCAUAAUUCAAUGGUUGAGAUGUGAACAAAGUCAAUAAACGUGCACUGAUGAAAUAGUUUA